AUGAAAUACACUGCUGCCAUUCUUGCAGCUGUGUUCAGCGUUGCCAAUGCUCAAUUCCAACCCAUUGCGGAUGCAGGAGAAUACUCUGCCCUCUUGGACGCUGUCGUCGCCACUGGAAGUGGUUCCACUCUUGUGUCUGCUGCCCCCGUCACCAUCUUUGGGCCCAAGGACUCCGCCUUUGAAGCCAUCCAAGACAUUGUUGACAGAUUGAAUGAAGAACAGCUUACUGCCGUGCUUCUUGACCACGUUGUUGUCGGAGGCGCUGUGGAUUCCGCCACCGUCGUCGCUGAAGGAUGCAUCGAGGCCGAAACCGCCGGAGGACUCAUGCUCGGAAUCAAAUACGAUGCCGAUACCAACUCUGUCACUGUCAACGGAAUCGCCGUAACUGCCUUUGACAUUACCGGAGACUACGGUGUCCUUCACGGAAUCGAAUCCGUCCUCGUCCCCGGUUUGCAGGGAGAUUUUGUUCCAUGCCCACCCCCUGCCAUUGUUGCCCCCAUCGCCAACAAUGGAAACUACGGAAUCCUCCUCGAGGCUCUCCUAGGAAUAGAGGAUCUUCUCCCCACGAUCGAAGGCGCUGCCCCUGUUACCAUCUUUGGACCCAAGGACUCUGCCUUCCGAGCCAUCCGAUCGUCUGUGGAAAACCUUUCGGAAGAAGAAACCACGGCUCUUCUUUUGAAUCACGUCAUUGUCGGAGCCGCUGUGAAUUCCUCCCAAGUUGCCGAGAAAGGAUGUAUCGAGGCCGAAACCGCCGGAGGACUCAUGCUCGGAAUCUUGUUCAACCCCGAUGACAGCACGGUCACUAUCAACGGAAUCCCCGUGACUGACUUUGACAUUGCUGGUGACUACGGCAUCCUUCAUGGAAUCGAAUCCGUCCUCAUCCCUGGUGACCAAGGAGACUUUAUUCCAUGCCCAGCCUUUGCGGCCGAUUUUACGCCCAUUGCCGAGAAGGGAAUCUACAGUACUCUUUUGGGUGCAGUAGUCUCUACGGGAAAUGACGCCGUCAUUAGCCAAAAUGUUCCUGUCACCAUCUUUGGACCCAACGACGAUGCCUUUGCUGCCAUUCAAGAUACCGUUGAUGGUCUAUCCACUGAAGCGCUCUCUGGCGUUCUUUUGAACCACGUCGUCGUUGGAGCCGCUGUGGAAUCUAGUGCUGUUGUCAAAGCUGGAUGUUUGGAAGCCGUUGCCGCUGGAGGCAUGAACCUUGCCAUCCGAUACAACGCCACCACUCAGGUCGCCGAUGUCAACGGAAUUGUCAUCAAUGACUUUGAUGUCACUGGUAACUAUGGAGUCUUGCAUGGUAUUGCGAGUGUCAUUACCAGCUCUGAUGGAUACGUUGCAUGCCCAAUUCUUUCUGUCGUUGAGCAAGUUGCUGCCACCGGAAAUUACAACACUCUUCUUGGUUUCCUUGACAACCCAAUGCUUCAAGGACAACUUGAGAAUGUUGGGCCCAUCACUAUCUUUGGACCCAACGAUGCAGCCUUCGCCGCCGUGUCUAGCGACCUUGAUGGAAUCGACCAAGCUACUUUGAUCCAAACUCUUGGAGGCCACGUCGUCGCAGGAGUCUACACUGCUGCCGAUGUCAAGGCUGAAGGAUGCGUCCUCCUUGAUACCAUUGUCGGAACCAAGGUUCGUGCCAUGUUCGUCGAAAGCGACGACGGUUGCCGCAGAAAGUUGGCGGGACACGAAAUGCCCACCGACCCUUGCUGCCGCAGAAGAUUGGCCGGACACGAAAUGCCCGCCGACGAUGGUUGCCGCAGAAACUUGGCUGGACAUGAAAUGGUUGAUGACUCUUCCAUGGGUCACGUCAUGAUCAACGACGCCAUGGUCAUCCUUGCCGAUAUCGAAGACGGGACCAGCAUCUUCCACGGACUUGAUAAGGUUCUUCUCGGAGGCACCUUCGAAUGCCCAACCGAUGUUCCUGUUGCUGGCCCAACCACUGCGCCUGCCCCUGCUGGUGAUGUGGGAACCAUGGAUGAAGGAUCCAGUGCUGCUUUCUCUGGAAUCUCUGCAUUUUUGGCCGCUGUUGUUGCCCUUUCCGCCUUUGUCGUCUAA